AUGCCACGAAGAAGAGCGCAGCAACCAGAAAAUGAUUUGGGCAUGGAACCCGAUGAAGUUGAAUCAUUUCACAAUGCACGUGAACAAAAUUUACGCGAAAAAGCAUCGAAGUCUAAGGCUGCACGAUUUGGAUACCGGGACGAUGACAAUGGAAUGAGUGACGAAGAAGUGAUGGCAAUAAAACGAGCUUCUGACGCCGAAAGUGACGAUGAGGAAUUUUACGGAGGGGUUGAGAAUGAUGGUAAAGACGAGGAGCUUGAUUGGGGUACAAAACGUGAUACAUACUACGGAGCAGAUGAGGCAGGCAAUGAGGAAGAUGCUAAAAUGGAAGAAGAAGAAGCAUUACGGUUACAGAAGAAGCACCUGAGUUCUAUGAAGAAGUCUGACUUUUUUGAAGAAGACGAUUUCAAAGAGUGGGAAAAGUCCGCUAAGGAGAAUGAAAAUGCUACAGCACAUGAGCUAGAGGACGGCGAGGACGAGUCUGUGCGUCGGGUGCUGGAAUCGUUACCGACACAGGACCCAUCGAAACUAAGCGACAAAGAUCGGAAACAGUUGCUGGAGACUCUUUAUCCAGAAGCAACGCCCCUUGCGGAAGAAUUUACUUCUCUUAGCCAGAUUCUUCAAGAGCUUAAAAAAGUCAUUAGGGAGAAGCAAGAAAAAAGCGCCCAGUCGACUGAAGAUAAAAUUAAUCUGAUCAAGCACGCAGCGCUUUCAGCAUACCUUGGAACCCUCAAUACAUACUUUGCAUUGUUUAUUGUGAAUGUAUCUGGUGAAGAAAAGAUCAAUCUUAAGGAGCAUCCUGUGAUGGAGGGCAUUUUGCAGGGUCGACAGUUGUGGAACAGUGUUAAAGGGUUGAAGGUUGUUGGCGAAGAUGAUGAUGAAGAGAGCGAAGACAGUGAGAUGUCUUCUGAUGAACAGACUACAUUCAGCGAUAAGGAAGGCGAUGAAGUUUCUUCCGAAGAUGAGGCAGAUAUUUUUGAUACCGACGCUCUUGUCAAGUCAGCGAAGAAAGUCAGAAGAAAGAAAGAAGAAAAAUCUAAUAAGGAUGAUUCUGAGUCUGAUUUUGGCGAAGAUUUUACCGGAUUUUACGACAAUGAUGACGAUAGCGAUGAAGAAGUCGCCGGAUCGUCUGAAGAACUUGUGGAGGAAAAUGAAGAAGAAGAAGAGCGUGGUAGUGAUUACGAUUCAGAUUUGGAACUUGAGUUUCCUAUGGUUGAGGAUCGUAAAGUCAAUAAGACCAAAGCCAAGAAACACAAUCCUGCAGAUGAUUACGGUGAAAGUGCCAUUAUUAAUGAUGCUGAUUUGGAUGACAAGCUACAGCGAAAGCGCAAUCUUAGAUAUUACACCUCGAAAAUUGAUCAGGCUGCUAAAAAGACUCGAAGCAAGCUUACAGGUGAUUCCGACUUGCCAUAUCGAGAACGAUUAGCAGAGCGUGAGCGGCGGCUGGCAGAGCAGGCCCGGUUACGUGGUCUUAAGAGUGAGAAGGGUGAUGAUGAAGCUGAACGGUUCAGUGAUAAUGAUGAUGAAGGUGGAGAGGACAAUCAACACAAAAUCAAGAAAUCUAAGAAACAAAGCAAGGAAGAAGAUGAAGCAGAUGCAUACUAUCAUGAGGUCAAGAAGCAAGCUGAGGAGCGGAAGCAAAGCAGAAGAGAAGCUCAUGCAAAGGCAGAAAAGGCAGCAAAACAAGGCAAGCUGGGUAAGAUGCUCAAUGACGAGAAUUUGGAUGAAGAAGGCAAGCGUGCGCUCACGUUCCAGAUUCUCAAGAAUAAGGGCAUAUCAUCUGGCAAGAAGAAGAAGGAGAAGCGGAAUUCACGUGUUAACAAGCGCGCCAAGUACGAAAAGGCCCAGAAGAAACUUAAGAGUGUUAGACGGGUGUACGAACAAGCUACAUCGUCGUACAGUGGUGAGCAAACGGGUAUCAAAAAGAAUAUUUCCCGGAGUGUCAAGUUUAGUAGUUAG